GGAGCCGAGCACAGCGGGCAGCGGGACCGCCACUGCCCGGCCGGCCAUGAGCUCGGGAUCCGAGCCCCGGACACCUCCGACACCCUUCAGCAUCGCGGACAUACUAGGCCCGCGCAUGGUCCCCCGAGGACCCUCUGCGUCACAGCUUCCAGAGUCGAGCCCAGGUCCCACGUCGCCGCUGUGCGCGCUGGAGGAGCUGACUAGUAAAACUUUCCGCGGACUUGACGGGCACGCUCUGCAGUCCUCUGAAGGCCGGGCCGCCCCGGGCGCGCUGGGCCCUGGCCCCGCCGGCCGCAGACGGCGAAAGUCACGCACGGCCUUUACGGCGCAGCAGGUGCUGGAGCUGGAGCGGCGCUUCGUCUUCCAGAAGUACCUGGCGCCGUCCGAGCGCGACGGGUUGGCAGCGAGGCUGGGCUUGGCCAACGCGCAGGUCGUCACGUGGUUCCAGAACCGGCGUGCCAAGCUCAAGCGCGACGUGGAGGAGAUGCGCGCCGACGUGGCCUCGCUGCACGCGCUGUCCCCCGAAAUCCAGUGCCGCCUCGCGCUGCCUCAUGGCGCCCCAGGCUUCGGCCGGCCCGACUCCGGACCCCAACUGUCAGACGAGGAGAUACAGGUGGACGAUUGAAGGCAAAGCCGUCUCCAGGGCUCUGGGCCCUGGGUUACUCGCCUCGGCGCUCCGCGCCCUGUCUGGGUUACUGGGUGGAGGGAGGGUGUCGAUUCUGGCCUCUUGGGCUCACAGACCAGACGCCCACCUUUCCCCGUUGUUGAGAAUAAAGCCGAGACUCCGCCGCACAACGCCUCAGUCCCGGCGCCCGGAGCAAUAAGAGCAAACUCUGCAGGUUACUCUGCAGAUUCCGUGCUUGGUGCUGUGGCGAGCCUUUAAACUCAAGGUUUCCUUUAGCUCUCAUAGCAGCUCUAUAAGGUACGUGAUAUAAUUAUGUCCAUUUUACAAAGGAAGAAGCCCUGGGUCAGGAUUUGGACCUUGGUAUCCAGCCAGCCUUUGCCACCGGUGCUUGUCAGCCCUCGCUCCGAGAGACUCCGGGCUGAAGGGAAGGGAGUGGGACUCUGUAGCUGCCGGCCACCCCUCCCCUACUGGCUGCCUUUGGUCGCAGGACUCCACUGGGCCUUUGAUCCGCCGCUGCCUCGGAGACCUUACUCCUAACCUCUAUGCCCGCCCCAGAGUGACCAUGUUGUGGUCACCUCUUUCCUCUUUCCCCAUUCUGAGGUCAUUUGUUAAUGGGGUCCUGCCCCUGCUGAAAGAACCCUACCUGAGACACAGGCAAAGUGAUGCAUGCACGGUGAGGGGACACACCUCUGCUUCCGGGACCUCUGCCCUGCAUUUGGGGGCGAAAAAUUUCCACCAGGAUGGUGGCGGUGGCGGGAGGGUUGAG